UCCGACAGAUGUGGGUGAAGUUUUAUAUGAUUAUUUUUUAUUUGGCCAUGAACAAUUUAUUCGAUUUGAUAAGAAACUGUGAUGGUGUCAAAAUACGUUUGUGAAAUUAAUUAUGAACUAACAAUGAUUUUGCCCGUAACCAGAUAUUUGGAAUUAACGAAAAUAGAAAAAAGGUUAUUGAAUUCUUGACGAGGGAAGAACAAAAGCAUGAGUUGAAAUGAAGAAAAGCUACACCUCAACAGAUAUUAACCAAAAUCAGGGCCAGGAGCUCUCAAAAAAAUUAUAUCGGUCCAUAAGUGAACAAGCUAAACGUUUAGAUGACACUAGGAGUUGUGCCAGAAUAGUGGGAGACCUCUUUUCACCAAAUUUACAAGUACAGCGCAAAAAGUUCUGUGAAUACUGCGAAAGAUUGAUAUUUUCAGAUCCUUCACUAUAUGGUCGUAAAGGAGAGGAGUUACUGUGGAGGAAGGGGUUUUAUGAUGUAGUUUCAACAGCAAAGAAACUGAAGAAAAAGGAGUACCUUCCUGAGGAAAUCAGUUUCAUUGCUUCGCACAUAAAUGCUGGAAUAGGUUUUUACAGCCAUAUGUUAUCUAAGUUGCAAUAUCAUUUUAAUUUAGAUAUCAAAACAUUCAUUGAUUUUCCAAUGAUACACUCUGAGAAGAAGGAUACUGGUGAUGUAAAGAUAGAAGCGAUAGAGUGGGCCAAACAAUCUGUGCAUCAAUGCCUUAUUUAUUUGGGCGAUUUAAGUAGAUACAAACUGGAAAUAUAUCCUAAUUGGGAGUCUACUCUAGCUUGUCGUUAUUACCUGCAAGCUAUUUCUUACAAGCCUGAGUAUGGCAUGCCCCAUAAUCAAAUGGGAACCUUAGCCAUGAACCAAAAUAGCUUUUUAGAUGCUGUUUACCACUACAUGAGAUGUUUAUCAUGUAAAAUUUCCUUUGAAGGUACUUCUAAUAAUCUUAUAGCACUUUUUGAGAGAAAUUCUAAGUUUUUGGAGCAGCUCCCAAAGGAGGAUAAAAAUGCUGACCUCAUUAUAGAGCCUGACCAAAGUGAGAAGAUCAAAAGAUUUGUAGCUAGGUUUCUUUUGCUUAUAGACAUUUGGUAUUUCAACAAAAAAGUUCCUAAAGUGUAUGAUCUUUGUCAUCAGACCUAUAAAAACUUGGAAGAAUGUUUAACAUUUGUUAAAUUGACAAACAGUGAGUCAGGAGAUGGACCUACAGAUGGAGAUUCUGUAGAAACUGAUUCUGUAGCUUCCCAUAUAAGUGGAGACGUGAUUUUCAAAAUUGUAGUCAUUUCUUUACUAUGCAUAUCCAAAUUGAAGUCAUCAAAUUCAUCUCAACUAUCGACAGCAGUGGCUUUCCUGUUGGGUAUCUAUUCCCAGUUGAUAAAGAAUGUUACCAAUCAUUUACAAGAAGGUAUUUUAAAUUUUCCCCAAAAUGAAAGCAAAGGAAAGUCUUUGAAUGGGAUUUUAAAAGAACUGAUGACUGGUAGGAAGAGAUCAAGAUCGAAAUUGAGAAGAAGGAAGGUAUUAAAGAAUGAAAGUGAUGAUGAAUCUGAGGCUAGUGGUAAUGAAGAAGAUGACUUUAGCAGUUCUGAUGAUUCUUUCAUUUCUGAUGAUGAAGAUGUGUUAGAUAUAUCUUCAGAUGAGGAGUCAGAUAUUAUUAAGGUAUCCGACGAAUCAAACUGUGGCACUCCGAAGGAUUCCAUUCCUAACGGUCUCCCCAACGGUAUAAAGACUAACCCGCUCAAUCACGAGAAAACUAAAGAAGACUUGAUCAGAAGCGUUCAGUUUAUGGACGUCAACGACAUCCUGGAGAUCGUCACUGAAGAAGCGACUUUACAAAGCAUCAAAACACUCAGCGAUUGGCUUCUCAGCGAUCUGGACGUUCUGAAAUCGUGCGGAUCGAAUUCCGCCAGUCUUUUAAGGCAGAUAACUUAUUUGUUAAAUUUGAUCAAUAUAAAUUUGGCUAGUCCGAAGAUGAUUGGAGUGCGUCUGAAGUCAUCGGAGGUUAUUAGCAAGGGAAUUAAGAUCCCGUUAUCUGAGGAUACUGUGCUUAAAGGUAUGGAAAUACUGAAAGGUUCUCAGGAAACAUUAGACUGGACUCUCGUAGAGAAAAAAGGCUUAAGUCUGAAGGAAGAGGCUGUUAUUAGGGUAGUGAAACUGUUAUCGUUUGGAAAAUUUCUAACCACUGUAUCUGAGACUGGAAUUAUUUAUGAAGAAGACGGCAAUAUCUUCGUUUGUAACCUAAAGGAGACAAACGUGGAUGACGCAAAGAAGUCUACCACUCUAAUGGAAGAAUUGGACAUACAAGACUCCCUGGCAACUACAACGUUCAACGGCACCUCCAAGCGUACGUUCUCCCCCAACUUUGAUGAUGAUUUGUCAAGUAAAUCGCCAAACGAUGGUGUAGGGCAACUCAACAAGAUGAAGCACAUGGGUCAACUGUGGCUAGCAGCUGAAGUUCGAGCACUAGAAAAUAGAGUGGGCGCCGGUAAGACCACCGCCCUUUCUCCUUAUUUGGUCUUAGACGCCGAUGCGUUGAUCAAGUACACGUUCAUGGUGAAGCAGUUGGUGCAUUCUAGGAAAUUUAUAGUGCUGGUUCCUACAGCAGUUGUGUCGGCCUUGGAUGAUCUAAAGCGAGAAAAGAUAGAAGCAAGGGACGCCAUCAGAUGGCUCGAGUCCCAGUUCCACCGCGGCAACCGUUUCUUUCGCGCCCAGCGCCCUCAAGAACGAGCUCCCAUUCCAUUUAUCAAAUACCCCAAGAAGAAAGACAAAGAGAUGCACAUAUAUAUCCAGAUAAUCGAAUGUUGCCAUUUCCUUGCCGAGCAGCAAAAGGGCGCGUCAAACGUCGUCACGCUGCUUAUUGGAAACCAAAACGUACUGUCGAAUGGCGAAAACAAAGAAUUCAGUUACGUCGGAUUGGCGCAGUCGGUAGGAAUCGCCAUCGAAUCCAUCACUAGUUUCUACGGAAAAUGGAAGAAGACCAAGGGCAAAAGGUGAUGAGACUGUCUACGAGAAUGAUAACUGGACUCAGAUUUGAUAGGAAAAAGGCGAAGGCGUGUAGGGAAAACCAUCGCAAAUGCAGCCAAGGCGUGUAUCUUAUCUUUGGAUUUAUUUAAUACUAAUGAGAAUUUUAUGCUGUGGGAGUUUAACAAUCUUAAUAUUAUUUUUGGGAGUAUUUCAUAUUAUAUUGUUCCCGUGUAGUUCUUUUGUUUUAAUUUAAUAAUUAAACGAUCAAAUUGAGUAUCAUACAUAAUGUCUUAUUUUUCUUUUAAAAAUAUCUUUCUGUAAUAAAAAUACCAUUCCUUAUAGAAUAAUUUUGACCGGUCUAAUUAGACCCAAAAAUAGGAGGUUACAAUAAUUCGCACCCAGCUGAAAGUUGAUAGGAUUAUUCAAAACACAAAGGAAAAAAUCAUAAAUAUGAAAUCUAAAAAGUCCUUAUGGAUUUGAACAUCGGAAAAAAAUUUACUCGGGGUAAAGUUUUAUCAUAAAAUUAGUUCUAGCAAAAAAUGUAGAUUAGAUAAUUUCUGUAAAAAAUGUCUUACUACUUUUUUUCCUAAGAGCCACCGUUGUUGAGAUACAACGAUUCAAAAAGUUGAAAGAGUUGUAAUCGUCAUAAUAUGUACACCACGUAUAUACAUCACUGAAUCUGUAAUACAAGUAAACAUACUAGAUAACACUCAUUCAUGUGACAUUGAAAAUGAUAAUGAAGUAUCAGGAGGAUUCCUUAAUAAAUUUCAUCAAAAACUAAGAAACUAAAGAAUAUGAGAAACGAGGAUCUAUUCGAGUUCAUUUAAAGCUCAUUUAAACUGCAUUCGAGAAAUCUUCAUUAUUUUUACGCGUCUUGACAUUUUCCUUAUGCUGUCUGCACACCUAGACAGUGAUGAGCGCGAUAAUAAUCUGCAAAAGAUGGAAAACAUAAUAAGUUGUGAAAUAAAUAGAGAUGCAACUAGUAGAGGUGAAAAUUAUCGAUAUUAACGUAUAAAUUUACAUAGUUUCCCCAUAGACAUAUUAAAAAGAUCUUCCGUAAAAGAUAUAACUAGUUAUGGAGAUGUUGAAGAAGAAGUACGACAACAAAGUUUACAAGCAAGUAAAGCGGCGGGGUCUCUUAAUGAAACAAUCUGGAAGAACAAACACCUAAGACAAGACACAAAACAAUAAUCUAUAAAGAAGCAAUUAGACCUAUAUUGACAUACACGGCGGAGACAAGACCUGACACAUCUAAAACGAGACUACUAGAAACAACAGAGAUGAAAAUACUCCGACGAAUAUCUGUUAAAACGAAAACAAAGAAUUCAGUUACGUCGGAUUGGCGCAGUCGGUAGGAAUCGCCAUCGAAUCCAUCACUAGUUUCUACGGAAAAUGGAAGAAGACCAAGGGCAAAAGGUGAUGAGACUGUCUACGAGAAUGAUAACUGGACUCAGAUUUGAUAGGAAAAAGGCGAAGGCGUGUAGGGAAAACCAUUGCAAAUGCAGCCAAGGCGUGUAUCUUAUCUUUUGAUUUAUUUAAUACUAAUGAGAAUUUUAUACUGUGGGAGUUUAACAAUCUUAAUAUUAUUUUUGGGAGUAUUUCAUAUUAUAUUGUUCCCGUGUAGUUCUUUUGUUUUAAUUUAAUAAUUAAACGAUCAAAUUGAGUAUCAUACAUAA